AUGUCGGACGGCCCCGUUCAGCCUCCUAAGCCCGCCGUGGUGCACGAGGCCCACGAAGUCGACACCUUCCACGUCCCCCAGGCAUUCCACGAUAAGCACCCUACCGGAACCCACAUCAAGGACAUCAACGAGUACAAGAAGCUCUACGAUGAAUCAAUUCGCAGCCCCGAUACCUUCUGGGCCCGCAUGGCUCGCGAACUCCUCACAUUUGACAAAGAUUUCCAAACCACACACCACGGCUCAUUCGAGAAUGGAGAUAACGCCUGGUUCGUCGAGGGUCGGUUGAACGCGUCCUUUAAUUGUGUGGAUCGCCAUGCCUUGAAGAACCCGGACAAGGUCGCCAUUAUCUACGAGGCCGACGAGCCCAACGAAGGUCGCCAGAUCACCUACGGAGAGUUGAUGCGCGAGGUCUCACGCGUGGCCUGGACGCUCAAGGAGCGUGGAGUGAAGAAGGGGGACACUGUGGGAAUCUACCUGCCCAUGAUUCCCGAAGCUGUGAUCGCUUUCUUGGCUUGUUCGCGCAUUGGUGCGGUUCACUCUGUGGUCUUUGCCGGAUUCUCCUCCGACUCCCUCCGGGACCGUGUCCUGGACGCCUCCUCCAAGGUGGUCAUCACUUCCGACGAGGGCAAGCGCGGUGGUAAGGUGAUUGGUACGAAGAAGAUUGUCGACGAGGCCAUGAAGCAGUGCCCUGAUGUACACACCGUGCUUGUUUACAAGCGCACUGGCGCCGAGGUCCCCUGGACCGAAGGUCGCGACAUCUGGUGGCACGAAGAGGUUGAGAAGUACCCCAACUAUCUCGCCCCGGAGCCUGUCAGCUCUGAAGACCCUCUGUUCCUGCUCUACACCUCCGGCUCCACCGGUAAGCCUAAGGGCGUGAUGCACACCACUGCUGGAUAUUUGCUUGGUGCCGCUAUGACCGGUAAAUACGUGUUCGACAUCCACGACGACGACCGCUACUUCUGUGGUGGCGAUGUCGGUUGGAUCACCGGUCACACCUAUGUGGUGUACGCUCCGUUGUUGCUUGGCUGUGCCACCGUGGUGUUUGAGAGUACUCCUGCCUACCCGAACUUCUCCCGCUACUGGGAUGUGAUUGACAAGUACGAUGUCACCCAAUUCUACGUCGCACCCACUGCUCUGCGCUUGCUGAAGCGCGCCGGAGAUGAACAUAUUCACCACAAGAUGCACAGUCUUCGCAUCCUUGGUUCUGUUGGAGAGCCCAUUGCAGCCGAAGUAUGGAAGUGGUACUUCGAAAGCGUGGGCAAGGAAGAAGCACACAUUUGCGACACAUAUUGGCAAACCGAGACUGGCUCCAACGUCAUCACUCCCCUUGGCGGUAUUACCCCCACCAAGCCUGGCAGUGCGUCCCUUCCUUUCUUCGGUAUUGAGCCCGCGAUCAUCGACCCGGUCUCCGGAGAAGAGAUUCUUGGCAACGAUGUCGAGGGUGUCUUGGCUUUCAAGCAGCCCUGGCCCAGUAUGGCGCGCACCGUGUGGGGUGCGCACAAGCGUUACAUGGACACAUACUUGAACGUGUACAAGGGUUACUACUUCACUGGAGAUGGUGCCGGCCGUGACCACGAUGGUUACUACUGGAUCCGUGGCCGCGUUGACGAUGUUGUCAACGUCUCUGGGCACCGUUUGUCCACUGCGGAGAUUGAGGCCGCUCUCCUUGAGCAUUCUUCCGUGGCUGAGGCCGCCGUUGUCGGCAUUGCCGAUGAGCUCACAGGUCAGGCGGUGAACGCCUUUGUUGCUCUGAAGGAGGGCAACGAGACCACUGACCAGAUUCGCAAGGACCUGACCAUGCAAGUCCGCAAAUCCAUUGGCCCCUUCGCUGCCCCCAAGGCAGUCUUCGUGGUCGAGGAUCUCCCCAAGACCCGUAGUGGCAAGAUUAUGCGUCGCAUCCUGCGGAAGAUCCUCAGCGGCGAGGAAGAUAGUCUUGGUGAUACAUCAACGGUAAGCACAGAACCCUUGACAAUUCCAGGCCAAACCAUUCUGACCAUCUCCAGCUGUCGGACCCUAGCGUUGUGGACAAGAUUAUUGAGACUGUUCACGCCGCCCGCAAGUAAAAGGCACACUAUUGAUGAUAACGACAUGGGAGCCAAAUUUUUGAUGAACUAUGAAGGUCUGGACGGCCGUGACUCGUUCUCGGUACAGCAGGCUAUUUUCUUGUUUUCUUUGCUUCUUCAUUUCCCCCUUUUUGUGCAAUUUUGA